AUGAUAAAAGCAAAUUGGACAUCAACUUCAGCAUUUAAUUUGGAAUUGGCUUUAGAUGAAUCCAGAGAUUGGAUAGAGAGAGUAAUCAAUCAAAAGUUUCCAUCAGACUUUCAAAGUUCUUUAAGAGAUGGUAUCUUUUUAUGUAAAUUAAUAAAUCAAAUCCAACCAAAUUCUGUUCCAAAAUAUAACCAAUCUCCAUCAACUGACUUUGCAAAGAGAGAAAAUAUCCAAUUAUUUAUUAAAUCAGCCAAACAUUCAAUGGGUUUACGUGAUACUCAAUUAUUUGAAUCUCAAGAUUUAUUUGAAAGUAUAAGAAUUAGAAAUAUCGCAAUUACACUAUAUUGGUUAGGUAGAGCAGCAAGAGCAUCACAAACUUAUAAAGGUCCACAAUUAGAUUUGUUAAAAUUCCAAGGUAUGAAUUGUUCUGCUUGUAAAAAAGCCAUCACAAAUAAUGAUUACUUGACAACAAUGACUCAACAAUUCCAUACUUCUUGUGCAGUUUGUUGUUCUUGUAGUUGUAAAUUGGAUCCAAAAAAGAAAUUCUACCAAGAAUCAAACAAUUUUUGGUGUGAAAAUUGUAUGUUGGGUGCAACAAAUUUAGGAGGGUCAAAUAAUUCAUCAGGAGGAAAAAACAAAUCCAACAACAACAACAACAAUAAAUGUUCAGGUUGUUUUGGUUCUUUAGAAAAAGGUUAUGUACCAGAUGAAAAUGAUAAAGAAAAGAAAUAUUGUACAAGUUGUAUCUGUGAUUUAUGUCAUGACCCAUUAAUUGGUAAUUUCCAAGUAAAAGAUGGAAAAAAGGUUUGUGAUUCUUGUUCUUGUAAAUCUUGUGGUAAAAGUUUAGAAGAUGGAUAUUAUGAAGAGGGUAUUUCAAAAUAUUGUGAACCUUGUGCAAAAGAUAGAAAUAAACCAAAGCAAGUCAUGGAUAAAGAUGGUCAUGAUCAUCACCAUCAUAAUCAUAAUAAACCAACUACCACCACCACCACCACCAACUCUAAUUCUCCAUUAGCAAAAAAGAAAUCAGACUCAUGUAAAAUGUGUGAUAAACCAGUUGACAAUAAAACUAAAAAGUAUGGUGAUGAUAGAGAUAAAUAUUGUACUCCUCAUGAAAAAGAUGGAACUUGUGGUAAAUGUAAUGGAGAGUUGGUUGGUAGUGCCAUCAGUGUAAUGGAUAAAAAUUUUCAUCCUCAAUGUUUCAAAUGUGAUAGUUGUAAUAAGAAUUUAAAUCAAAAUGAUCAAAUCAAAAAAUCACCAACUACAGGUAAUCCAUUAUGUGGUCCAUGUUCAAGCAAUAAUAACAAAUCAUCAAAGAAUUGUCAUGAUUGUAAAAAACCAAUUUCAGGUUCAUCAGUUGAAGCAUUAGACAGACCAUAUCAUCCAAAUUGUUUAAAAUGUUAUUCUUGUAGUAAAAACUUGAAAGAAGAUUUCACAGAGGUUGAUAAUGAACCAUUUUGUAAUCCUUGUGCAAGUCAAUUGAAUCAAUACACAAGUGGAAAUCAAAAACAACCAAAACAAGGUGGUUCACCAUUCAUUACUUCUGGAUGGCUUGAUAGUGAUCGUUGUGUUGUAUGUGUUAAACCAUUGAAUGGAGAAGUGGCUAAAAUUUUCGAUUCAUUCUAUCAUAAAGGUUGCUUCAAAUGUACAGAUAAAUCUUGUAAUGCCCCUUUACUCACUGGAUACUUUCCUCAUGAUAAAAAACCAUAUUGUCAAAAAUGUUCAAUUAAAAUUCAACAAUCAACAACAACUGAUCAUUGUGCCAAAUGUAGUAAACCAAUCAUUGAGGGCUCAAUUUUAAAAGUUGCUGGUAAAGUAUAUCAUAAAUCUUGUUAUGAUAAUGAAAAACAUACAUCCUCAUCCUCAUCUUCAUCAAGUGUCAAUUGUUUCAAAUGUAAAAGUCAAAUCACUGGUACUCAAUUUGUUCGUCUUGACCAAAAAGACUAUUGUAUGAAAUGCUCUCCUUCUGCUUCAUCAAGUACAACUGUAACUCAUGGAGAAAGAUUAAAUUAUGGUAUGACAGUGGAUCCAAGAUCUGGUAAAAGAGUUUUUAAUACAUCAAAAUAA